CGACAAUUUACCUCCAAUCGUGUCCGCUGACGGGCGGAAAUGACCCAAUGAUAAUUAGCCACCGUCAGCAGACAUGAAGUGACAACUUGAAAUACCCCAAAGCACUCGUUAUAAUAAUUUACCUUCGAUAAGUCCCAAGGACACACCAAGUUGGAGCUCAAGUAUAGUGUACAUGUGUGACUGGAGUGUCAUUAAUGUUGUGACGUGUACUACACACAUUUUUCAUGAUUUUACGAUUGUAAUUGGGCGUUUAUAGUAGAUAUUAGAGGCUUGUUUCGUCCACAGGGCAAUAGGAGCUAAAAUGAUGCAGGAUGAGGAUCUCGGGGGUCCUGCUAGGAAAAAUGUAUUUUUCCAGGGCGCGACGAGGCUGUCACAGAUGUAUCAGAGUUACCUAGAUCUAUGGACACCUCACGUCAUAUCGAGAUGGAUAUUCUCAGUUGCACUUUUAGUUACAUUUGUAUUACGUAUCUUCAUCUCACAGGGUUGGUACAUUAUUAUAUAUGGGCUGGGGAUAUACCAUCUGAAUCUGUUCAUAGCAUUCCUUACACCGAGGAGCGAUCCAGCGAUGGAUUUCGAUGAUGCCGACGGCCCGGAACUCCCCACAAGAUCGAACGAGGAAUUCCGGCCGUUCAUCAGACGACUACCCGAAUUUAAAUUCUGGUAUUCUGUAUCAAAAUCCACAGUGAUUGCUCUUGUGUGCACUAUGUUCAAUUGCCUCAAUAUUCCAGUCUUUUGGCCCAUUCUCGUCAUGUACUUCAUUACAUUGUUUUGCAUUACGAUGAAACGUCAGAUUAAGCAUAUGAUUAAGUACAGAUAUUUGCCAUUUACCCAUGGCAAACCCAGGUACCAAAACCACGACGACACGUCGAGAUUAACAUCAGCAAUUCAUUAAUUAUAUUUAUGAGUAAUUAAAGGGGAUGAUAAAAAUUGAAAGAAUAAAAAGAAGAAAAAUCAAGAUUGUAUGUUCGUCCGAUUGAAAGUGUGUAAAUGUGUAGAUUUGAUUGAUUGAUUGAUUAUUUAACAUGUAAACAAUUGAGACAUUUAGUUUCUUUUUUUUUUCGUUGAAAUACAGGUGAGUGAGCUCUGAAAGUAA